CUUUCUUUUUUUAUUUUUUAUUUUUUAUUUUCCUUCAACUCAUGGCUCUAGAUGUCAUCAAGCAUGUAACGUCUAUAAACUAAUAUCUAUAUAUAUGCUCCCAAAAACAUAACCCUUAAAAACCACAUAUUGCAAAAAGCUGCUUAGAAGGUUUGAGAUCUUGUUCUUAGAAUUAUGGGUAAAGAAGAAGCAAGGAAAAACAUGUUUUCUGAUCAUUAUAAAGCUCAAAACGAGAGUUGGGUUGGGAUUGAAAGUUGUGAUGAUCAUGAUCAUGAUGAGGAUAAUAUUAAUAUCUGUGAUUCAAGAUCCAUGGAAUCUUCUUCUCAAGAGAAUUCAUCAAUAAACUCCAUUGCUUCAUCAUCUUCAUCGGACUUGGUAGAGGAUGCGUCAUCUUCUAAUUCUUCUUCUAAAUCAUGCUCUUCUUCUUCCUCCUCAUCAUCACCUUUUUCUUCAUCUUCAAAUAAUGGACCUUUAUAUGAACUAUCCGAGCUCAUGGUUCAUCUCCCUUUAAGGAGAGGAUUAUCAAAAUUCUAUCAAGGAAAGUCCCAGUCUUUCACAUCUCUAGCGAGUGUAAAGAGCUUAGAAGAUCUUCCGAAGAAAGUUGCACCUUAUAGGAAGAAAUUAAUGAAGCCAUGCAAGAGUUUUGGAGGAGGUUUAGAAGGUAACAAAUUGCAUUAUCCGAAGGCUAUUAUAUCAAAGAAAUCGUCAAGAGGGUCUAGUUUUUUGUCCUCUCUAGGUAGCUUUAGGCCUUCAGUUCCUGUACAGAAGAACUACUAAUCAAGAUCAUGCUAAAAUGAAUAAAAUCUUGCAUGGUUUUUUAGUUGCAGAGUUGGGUUUUCGCUGGAUUUUUUUUUUUUUUUUGGUUGAUGACUUGUUGGAUAUGUAACGUUUUUAACAAUAUGCUUGAGAGGCUUCAGAAGAAUAACUAAUGUUGCAGCUUAGUUUCUGCA